AUGACGUUGGGUUUCUACAGUGGGACAUUGUUUGUGACGCUAAUGAGUGUGGACCGCUACCUGGCCAUCGUCCACGCUGUUGCAGCCAUGCGAGCCGGGACACUUUGCUAUGGAAUCAUAGCCAGCAUCACUAUCUGGGUUAUAUCGGUCAUCAUGGCAAUCCCUGGGGUGAUCUUUGCCUCCUUGGAGCUAGUAGAUGCAGAUAGCAACAGCUACGAGUGCCAGCCACUGUAUCCAGAGGACUGGCAGCAGUUUUGGAAGAUGCUGCGAAACUUGAACGAGAACACUGUGGGCCUUUUCGUGGGUCUCCCUAUCAUGAUUUUCUGCUAUGUGAAAAUCCUUUUUGUGCUGUCCAGGUCUAGGAACUCCAAAAAGAACAAAGCUGUAAAGCUGAUAUUCAUCAUAGUGUGUGUGUUUGUGGUGUGCUGGGUCCCCUACAACGUCACAGUUUUCCUUCAGACACUGCAGCUGUUCCUGGGCAACUUAAACAACUGCAAGGCUUCAAAAUAUUUCCACUCUGCCAUAGGCUUUGCAGAGAUCAUUGCACAGUCUCACUGCUGUGUAAAUCCACUCAUCUAUGCAUUCGCAGGGGAAAAGUUUAGGAAGAAACUGGGCUAUGUGCUGACUAGGUACUUCUGCCAGAGCAGAGGGACUUUCAGCCACAGAGACACCACAGACACUUCCAACACACCCGUAAAAUCAGAUAAUUAAGAAUGAUAAACACAACUUGCUACAAAGAUGGCAAAGUGUGUGUGUGUGUGUGUUUUCUAAAAGCUGUAAAAUGGUACU